GCGUGAGCGCCGCACAGCUCCGUCAAUAAAUUUCCUUCUGUUACGAACAGAUUCUCCUAGAGCCGUAUUCGCCCUUGACCGUGUCGCGACCCUGACUCACGCCGUAACACACGCCUUGAGCCCGUACUAAGGUGUCCGCAAGCAGCGUAACAACUUUCUGACCUCUGCAUUCAACUGUUGCAAGCUUUAUUAUCGCAGCGCGACAGUGCGCGAACUGUCCGGGAUCUCAUUUGGCCCCAAGCUUAAUUCGUUCCCUAGAUAGUCUCAUAACAUAAUUCGCUGCCUCUGUCGUCUACUAACGGAACAUGCUGUGCCAUAAGAUGCAAUGUAACAUUGUCAAGGCAAUCUCGUCGCGUUACAUGACGGAUAACCUGGACGGAUUCGACGAUUCGACUUCAUCAACGCUGUUGGACGGCCGAGCAGCAAGUCCAGCACCUUCCUUUUAUUCCUUCAGCUCCGUGGAUGAGAGAUUCAUCCUUCGCAAGCUGUACGGCCGCAUCCUGAACAGUCAAAACGACACAUAUUUCCUUCCGGCAGAUAGUGAAGAGCAUCGCCGCCUUGACUUGCAACACACGCAAUAUACUAUGAGCCUUGGUGGGCUGUACCCAGCACCAGAACUGGUAUUGAGGGCUCUGCGGCAACGCACCGAUCGCCGCCCCGCUAUACUGGACGUAGGCACGGGCAGUGGCAGUUGGGCUAUAGACAUGGCGAAAGAGUUCCCGCACUGCGAUGUCGUCGGUGUCGACUUGGCGCCUCCUAGACUAGAUGGCAGGGAACUACCCAUCAACUGCCGCUUUGAAUUAGAUGAUGCUAACCUAGGGUUUUCUCAUUACCGGGACUGUUUCGAUGUUGUGCACGCUCGAGCGAUCUCGGCUGGGAUCCGAGACUUCCCGGCGCUCCUUGAAGAGCUCGCGAGUGUUCUUCGCCCUGGAGGAAUGCUGCUAUUGGGCGACGGCGAACAACAGCUUUACGACGAGCAUAAGAGACCACUGGCGCUGAGCGACCCGGGCACGCCGAAUUUCUCAUGGAUCCAUAAAAUGUUCUUCGCCUCCUACAGUGCGAUGAAAAACAGAGGUGGGAAUAUCGACUCCCCCUCAAUGAGUCCAACCUGGCUUCGUGCGAUCGACAGUUUGACGGAUGUCGGGUGGCAUAAGUUGUUCAUUCCCAUGGGCCCGUGGCGAUACGAUGACGAGCGCGAAAGGGUUCUAUCAGAGCUAUGUCACGAGAACUGCUUGCGUUAUAUCUCGGGUCUUGCUCCGCUGCUCUUGAGUGAGGGUUACCUGCCGGAAUAUGUAGACGAAAUGUGUCGCGAGGCGAGCAACGAGCUGCGCGAACUUCGAACGCGUCUCUACACGCGAUGGAGCUUCGCUUGGGCCGUGAAAAGGCCGCCGGCACAAGCUCAAGGACAGCACCCUCGUGCCCAUUCAUGAUCAGGAGUUCCGUGUCUCGGAGAUCUACCCCUCCGCAUGCGCCAGCCGCAUGCUUCCUUACUAUCUAUCGCUUGGGUCGGUGGUCACCAAGAAGUCAUUGUACCGCAUGUUCGUGUCCAAGAAGUUGGUCGUAAUUAUUCAAUUCUCUGGUG